AUGCACAAACAAGCAGCUGCUAAAUCCUCUACCAUUCUCACCUCGGAUGCCGUUAAAGGACACAAGAAGAGGAGGGAUGGAACAUUACAAACUGCAAAUUGGAAUGCUUCUCUGGCAUCUAAAAUCAAAACUAAAUUAAUAAAUAACUCAUCUAUGUUUAAAGUAUCUUUAAAACAAAAUAAUAAAGCAUUAGCUGUGGCUCUGAGUGUGGAGAAAGAAAAUUCUCGGAAGCUAAAGAAUGAGAAGAUUUUUCUUCAGAAGGAAGUAGAAAAGCUGCAGCUUCAUAAUAUCUUGCUUCGUCAAAAACUCAACUGUUUGAAUAAAACUCUCAUAGAAAUAGAAGCAUUUUUGAAUUAUAACCUCUUAACUGCAAUAGAAAUAAGCAGUCUUUCUGAGAAUCUUCAGGGUUCUUUUCCUCUGUCAGCUGGUCCAAGUAGCCCUACUGAUGGCCAGUUCAGGAGUGCACAUCAGUCUGCUAGAUCUGCAGAAUUGCCAGUGAAGCUUCCUUUAAUUGCAACAGCUAACGCAAAACUGCAAGAUAGCCCUUCUCUGUGUGAAAUACCAAAUCCUUCGAAGCCUACCACUACUUUGUCAAAGGAAACGCAUUCUGAUCAAGUCUGGUUUCCAUUACCAUUGUCUUCUGGUACAAAUAAUCAAAAGUUAAUUGAAAUAGACCCAGUAGAGACAACUGUUGACCAAAAUAUGUUCUUAAAAGAAAAUCAAUUAUCCACAGAGCUAAGUUGUGAUAGCGCCUUCCUGACUCAUGUCAAAAAUAGGCAGUCCUUAAGACCCUCUGAGGAGCUUACAAAACAAUAUAAAGACGGUUCAUUGUCAUUCUAUGGAAAUGUGACUGAAAGAAAGAAACAUGCAGUACUUCACAAGUCAAAAACUCAACCUAAUAUGAAGGAUUUCAAUAAAAAAUGUUGCUUAAAUAAUCUGCCUCAUCAUGGUAUCAACAGCAGCGACAGCAACACCAAUGACAUGAAUUUGCAGGAAAGUUCAAGUGGCUUGUCUUGCAUUAUUCCUUCACCUCUUAAAUUUAGCAAUGAAAGGAAGAUAGAUUUUAGGAAGCUGCUUUCUGCUGACAAAAUGAAGCCUGAAGAAACUGUUUAUGAUGCUGAUAUGGAGCUGACCACUAGUGAUGCAGGUGAGCUACUCGCAGUUACAGUGAAAGACAAAGAUAAAUUACAUCAAAAUAAAAAUAUUAAUGGCAAUUCUGAUAAAAUAUUAGUAAAUUUCAGAAAAGUAAAAUAUUCUAAGAAGGAUAAAGAGAAAAUUAAAAGCAAGACUGAGGUCAGUCCAAGUUUGUAUGCAGAAGAAAGGCACAUCAAGGUUGAUGACAGUGAAGUUUCAAAAACUACUGACUCAGCAACUCAACUAUUUCAAAGCCAGACAGAACAGCUACUUGUAGGGAAACAGAGUUUGCUAAAUACCAGCAAAUAUUAUCAAGCACAGAAUUGUCCCAGUAAAGCUGAAGAUACUAGGAAGACGUACCAGGUUAAGUUAACGAGUCCAAGAAAACAAGAGGCAAGUAAGGAAACUUUCUCAGGAACAUUUGAAGAUGUGGAAGGCAAAAUACAACCACCAGACUCAAGCUCAUCUAUUAACAAGAUCCCACCAGAAGUUCAUUGUGCUGAAAACCUGCCAUUCCAGGACAACAUUUCUAAUGCAUUGCCUUCACAGGGGGACUUUCUGCAUACACAUGAGAAACAUAGCAGACCAAAAAUAAACAGGAGCGCUUUGCAAAACUCUUUGAAAAUAGACACCACAAAAUCCUGUAGAGAGGAGAGUGGGAAGUAUGGAGAAUAUAUUUCAAAAACCUCUCAAACAGAGCUAUGCCAGCAUGACAGCAAGAGAAAGCAAGACCACAAGCAUAUUAUAAAGAGAAAAUACAACAAAAAAAGUAGUUUUGGACAAAAGGGAGAAACUGGGAGUGACAACAUUCAUACAGUUACUCAGAAAGUAAACCAAAAGAGUAGCCAUUUUUCUCCAGGCAGAUUAAAACAUACAUUGGCAAAGGCUAGCCAGAAAGCAUGUGUCAUACCGAAAGAAAAUCUUACACAGUUCUCACUAGGUAAAAAAGAAGAAUUAAAAAAUAAAGGUGGAUUGCAUGCAGAGGCUGUUUGUGGAAAUCAAAUAACUGAAACUCAGCAUAUGCAAGUAGCUUUAGUUACUCAGAGCGGUGUAGCUGUGAAUACACCACAAGCUGAAGAACAAGUUGAUGCUGCUGCUGCUGUAGAUUCCUCAUCAGUGGCACCUAAAACCCCUCACGCUAGUAAUCCUCCUGAUAAUCAGGUAACGCACAAACAGAGGUUUAGUUCUGAUAUUACUGAGACCAGACCAGACCAAAGUUAUUUCAGGCAAAUUGAUCAGGGGGGGCACAAUAUUUUGGAUAACCAGGAAGUCCAUCAUAAGAGAGAUUCCUCUAUGAGCAAGUUAAAGGCUACAGUUAAAAAAUCAGAAUUUUUAAAAUCCUUACCUAUCAAACGUUCUAAGAAUAUGACAUUAAAUGUAAAUAGCCUUUUCCAGGAAGGUGUUUUCAGUGUGGAGCUCCCAGCUCUUCAUAACCACAGUGCUUCCGUGAACUCUGAAAUCUGUGGGCAAGGUGUUCAUAAUGAAGCACUGGAUGCAGGAAAAGCAGGACUAAAGCUGGAUCGUAUUUCUAAAGAGAUUUACAAAGAGACUCUUACACCUUGUCAUGGGAGAAAGUCUUUGCAAGAUCUGACAAAUAUUAGUAUACGAUCUCACACUUCCUCAUCUAAAUCCCCCAAAACUUUAGAAGAAAUCUCAGCAGCACCAUCUAGACGAGGAAGAGCCACUAUUUGCUACAAAGAACCCAAACUAAACAGCAAAUUAAGGCGUGGUGAUCAAUUUACAGAUACACAAUUUCUGGAUUCCCCAGUGUAUAAAGUAAAAAAUAAAAGAAGUUUUAAAAGUAAAUCAAAAUUUAUUUGA